AUCUUUCAUCAUCAAUAAUCAUGAUGAUGCCACAAGAAAAGAGAGAAAUAUCAAAACAAAAGAGCUAAAAGGUGAGCAGGAGGAAGAGAAAAGCCAAUAAAGUUGCAAGCUUUUGUGACCAAGAACCCGAUUCCAACUUCAACAACACACACACGCACAUGGGUAGAAAGUUGUAGAGAGGCCCAAUUCUGAGACAGAGAGAGAGAGAGAAGGUGAGGAAGAUGGUAGUAUGAAGGAAGAGGUAUAUGAUGGUAGACUAGGAAGGAGGUUGGGUAGUGGGCUAGAGAGAGAGAUUUGUACGGGUACUUAGAUGUGUGUGUAUGCCUAGAGAGAGAGAGAGAUAAAGAGAGGUGUUGUGGGAGUUUUUUCAGUUGGGUGCAGCUUUCUUGAGGGCUUCAGAAGGUUGGAGAAAUAGUUGAGGGAGGCACAGUAAUGCUGAGAAUAUGGGGAAGAAGGGAAGCUGGUUUUCAGCAAUCAAAAGGGUUUUUACACACAGUUCCAAGGAGAAGCCGACCGAUGGAUCAGAUAAGAAAAGCAGCAAGGAAAAGAAGAAGGGUAAAGGUAUUUUAAGGCAUGGAGAAACCAAAUCAUUCAUUCCCCUGUUCAAAGAGCCAAGUAGCAUCGAGAAAAUAUUAGGUGAAGCUGAUCAACUGCUUAUUAGGCCUCCUCUGGCUUUAGACGAGCCAAGAAAUCCACCUGCUUUACUUGGAAGGCCUACCUCACCUAAAGUUGCUUCACCAAAGGCUGCUGCUCAUAGAGCUUCUUCCCCUAAGGCAGCAUCCCCAAGAGCUUCUUCGCCAAGGGUUGCUUCUCCGAAAGCUCCUUCUCCAAGGGCCAUUUCUCCAAGAGCUGUUUCUCCCAGGGUUUCUUCUCCUGAGGCUCGUCCGAAGGCUUUUACUGCUGGCGCUGCUUCUUCAAAGGCUACUAUUCCUAAGGCAGCACAAAGAAGAAAGGAAGUUAGCUAUGUGCAGAAGCCAGAACCGACUUUAAGAAACCAGCAGCUUUCGGCCACUAAGAUCCAGGCAGCAUAUAGAGGCUACAUGGCAAGACGGAGUUUCAGAGCUUUGAGGGGUUUAGUGAGGCUUCAAGGAGUGGUGCGAGGCCAGAACGUAAAACGACAAACGGUGAAUGCCAUGAAACAAAUGCAGCUUCUGGUGAGGGUUCAAACACAAAUUCAGUCUCGGAGGAUCCAAAUGUUGGAAAACCAGGCACUCCAACAGCAAGCUUAUAAGAAUGAUAGGGAAGCGGAAAGCACCCUGAGCAAAUGGACCUUGAAUCAACUGUCUGAGGCCGGUCAAAAUGAACAUUGGGAUGAUAGCGUGCUAACGAAAGAGGAAGUAGAAGAAAGGCUACGGAAAAAAGUUGAGGCAGUCAUAAAAAGAGAGAGAGCCAUGGCCUAUGCAUAUUCUCACCAGCUAUGGAAAGCUAAUCCCAAAUCAGCUCAAAGCCAGUUGGACAUGCGAUCAAACGGGUUCCCCUGGUGGUGGAACUGGUUGGAGCGCCAGCUGCCUCCAGCAAGUACCUCUCAGAGCCAAGCUGCUCCCAGAAGCAUCACUUUAACUCCUCCACGUGCCAUUUCAGAAUAUAGGCCGAGCCCUCGACUCCAUGCAAGCAACCAUAAGCAUGACAAUCAUGAGUCUCUCACGCCCCGAUCAUCCAGGUCAGCAAUCCCACUUCGAGCCAGACAAUUUCAGACCCCAAACAGGACUCCUCCAGCAAACAGCCCAAGUGGUUUCAAGUACUCAAAACCAAGAGCAAGUGCAGCUAGUUCAGCUUAUGACGUCCCUCUGAAAGACGACGAUAGCCUGACGAGCUGCCCCCCUUUUUCUGUUCCGAAUUACAUGACACCGACUGCCUCGGCCAAAGCCAAAGCGAGAGCAAAUAGCAACCCAAGGGAGAGGUUUCCAGGGACUCCAGGCAACGAUUCAAGGAGGAGGUUUUCAUUCCCAUUGACUCCAAAUGCCGGUUCUUUCAAGUGGAACAAAGGGUCUAACAAGGAUUCUGCUUCUCAAAUGGAUAAACACGAGUCUCCGCGUUCAAGAGACUUCAGCGUGGAUUCCGCUGUUUCUAUGCCGGCUUUAGUUGGUAGAAAGCCCUUUAACAGAUUUGUGUGAUUUCUGAUUGUGUGCAUGUCUGAUGUUUCCUUAACCUUUGUACUAGGUGCCUUGAGGUUGUUUCAAAUUCUAUACUAUUUGAAUGGUUGGAUGAUUGAUACCUUCAUUACAGCUUACUGAUGUAAAAAUAAUGAAAGAUACAGUAGGAAUGGUUGGCUUGAUUAAUCUAGUGUAUUCAUAUCUUUUAACUUCUGAA